AUGAUUAUCAAGAAGCGUCUUCGUGAUAAAUACGUUGUUGCCAGAGAGAAGCCAAAGAAACGGUUGAAGGUGUUGAAGAGGGUUGCUGGGAAAUUCUACUAUCCAAAUGAUAACCCAAAGAAGGGCUUUGUUGAUCCAAGAAAAGUGUUGAAUGAUGCUUUCUUGAAUACCAAAGCAAAAGGAUCAUUUACCGCAUCUAUUGUUACUCUGAAAGAAGGGGUGUUUCAUGGAGUUAAUGUGGGUGAUAUUGGUUUAAUGCUGUUUAGAAAUAAUAGGUUUUUGGUUCAAUCACCCAUCCAGCAGCACUCUUUCAACACACCAUUUCAGUUGGGGAAUAGUGAGAUUAGUGACAGCCCUGACUCUGCAUAUGAGUAUGAGAAUUCAGUAAAGGCAGGGGAUAUUCUAGUGUUAGGUAGUGAUGAACUUUUUGAUAAUUUGUACGCUGAUGAUAUUGAAGAAAUUCUGAGGUGGACAAAAGGAGUAUUUGAAGUUAAUGAUUUGGCUCAGCAUAUAGCAGACAUUGCUCUGUCCUUUUCCAAGUCUAAAGAUUUUCGAACCCCUUUUCAGGAUCCUUCUGAGAGAGAAGGACGCAGUCAUAUGGGUGGAAAGAAAGAUGAUAUCACUGUUUUAGUGGCUCAAAUUACUGUAUGA